CGCCUACUAGAACUAAACCCUAUCUCUCUCACAAGAGUCUCUACACCUUCUUGACGGAAAAAAUACAGAAGAAGCUUCAGAUUACUCAGCAAAGGUGAGGAGUAUUCUGUUAUGGCUUCUAAAGGACGAAGGCAAUGUAAAAAAAAUGUUCGUUUACAAGACGAACCAAAUAUAUCACAUCAAAGAUUGACAAAUCCUGAAGAUUUUACUACUAGGACUACAUUAGGCAGAAGAGUUUAUACUAGAAACAUACAUCAAGAAGAGUCAAACACAGUCACACAUUCAAACCAUGAGGAUAUGAGUAUUGACAUUGAACAAGAGGAAGAUGAAGACGGUGCAUUUGGAGCUAGCAUUGUUGAAAAGGAAAGUAGAGGCCCUACCUAUAUGAAAAAUAUAUGGGGUCGUCCUUUGAACUUACCCCUCAUGUCAGUUGAAUAUAACGAGUUUGGUCAACCUAUAGGUGGUGAGAAAAGCAAGCUUUGUCAUUUCUUAGGUACGAUUGCAAGAAAUGGCCAUCAAUGUCCAUUAGAUAUUAAAAGUUGGCACGCAAUGCCAAAGGAGAAUAAAGAUGAGAUGCUCAAUAUUGUAAAGUCGCGGUUCGAGAUGCCUAUCAUUGCCGAGAAGUGGAUCUUAGCCUCCAUCGGACUUAAAUGGAGAACUUGGAAGCAUCAUUUAAAACCACGAUAUUGGGCCGACGUAUCUAUUGAGCAUUUAAUACAUGACCGAGAUGAUAGAGUUUCUGAAGAUCAAUGGAUCAAUCUCCUUGCUUAUUGGAGAACAGAUAAGGCAAAGAAUACAAGUAAAAGAAAUAAAAUUGCUCGAGCAAAAAAGACAAAGGAACAAGGACGAUGCCCGACUCGUGCUCAACUAUUUCGUUCGUGCUUUGUUUCUUCAAAUGGAAACUCAAGUGACGUUGUCUCGAGUAAAAUUACAGCUAUGGCAGAAUGUAGGGAUCAACUAUCUGAAGAUUCUGAAAAUGUAAUUGCUCCAAAUGAUAUAUUUGCCCAAGUUAUAGGGAAGGACAAACCUGGUCAGGUAAGAAUAAUGGGCCAAGGAGUGUGUCCCUCAGAUGUAUGGAAUGGGACUCCUAUAAACACAUCAGACCGUUUACUAAGUGAGUACAGAGAAAAAAAUGCACGACUAGAGGCAAUGCUUGGAGCACAACAAAGACCUCGUGCUUCACAAGCAGACGCAAGGCCAAAUGCGAUAGCAUCCGAAUCUCUUUCACUACGUUCUACGACGGCUCAAACUUAUGAGGUUGGAAAAUAUGUUUCCUUGAGAAGUAUUUUCACACAGAAAAUCGUUGCUAAAGGAUUUAUUCAGAGCAUUGAUCCAAAUAAAAAGGUUGGCGGACAAAUGUUAGGAUUGAAUUGGUGUGAAAUUAGUGUUAAAGUUGUGAUUGAGCCGAAGGAACAAUUGAUUAGGCCUUAUGACAACUUUCAAGAGCUUUCCCAAACAAUUGGUGAUACGGUUGCUUGGCCAUGUUCCUUGGUGACGCCUAUUGAGUAGUGGCAAUAUGUUGAUUUGCAUAUGGAUUCAAGGGCACGUUGCAGAGGAACUUGUUCUUUGGACAAGUAGGAAGAAGAGGCUCACAGAUUUAAUUAUAGUUUGUACUAGUAUGGUCACAUAGUUUAAGAAGAAAAUGAAUUGACAUUUCACAUUGUUGGAAUGCAUGUUUAGAGUUUUGAAAUACUUUGGAUUUUUAUAUAUUCGAAUUUUAUAUUUUAUUUA